UCAAUUCCCAUUUCUUCAUUAACCAUGAAUUACUCUCCAUCAUCACUCUGUGCUUUGGUAUUCACCGUCCAUUCUCUCCUCAUUCCUCUCUGCCACUGCAAGACGGUGCAGUUCAUUUUCGGCGACUCUCUCUCCGACGUCGGAAAUAACAUUUACCUUUCCAGAAGCCUUGCUCAGGCCAACUUGCCUUGGUAUGGCAUUGAUUUUGGCAAUGGACUCCCUAAUGGAAGGUUCAGCAAUGGCCGCACCGUUGCUGAUAUCAUUGGUGAUGAAAUGGGUCUCCCAAGACCACCAGCUUUUCUUGAUCCCUCUUUAACUGAAGAUGUAAUUCUCGAAAAUGGAGUGAAUUAUGCUUCUGGAGGUGGAGGAAUCUUGAACCAAACUGGAGGAUACUUUAUUCAACGAUUUGGUCUGUACAAACAAAUUCAAUUAUUUCAAGGAACCCAAGAACUGAUCAAAGCCAAAAUUGGAAAAGAAAAGGCAAAAGAAUUCUUCGAAGAGGCUCGAUAUGUUGUAGCUUUGGGAAGCAACGAUUUCAUAAACAACUACCUCAUGCCCGUUUACGCUGACUCUUGGAAAUACAACGAUCAAACUUUCGUCACUUAUUUGAUGGAAACUCUUCGUGAUCAACUCAAGUUAUUGUAUGGGAUGGGAGCAAGGCAGUUGAUGGUGUUUGGGCUAGGACCAAUGGGCUGCAUUCCAUUACAAAGGGUAUUGAGUACGUCGGGAGAUUGUCAAGAAAGAACCAACAAUUUGGCACUUAGCUUCAACAAAGCGGCUAGUAAACUUCUCGAUGGUUUGGCCACUAGACUUCCAAAUGCUACCUAUAAAUUUGGAGAUGCUUAUGAUGUUGUUGCUGAUGUUAUUAGCAACCCAGGAAAAUAUGGGUUUAGUAACUCGGAUUCGCCGUGUUGCUCGUUCGGGAGGAUUCGACCUGCCCUGACAUGCGUUCCGGCGUCGGUGUUGUGCAAAGACAGAAGCAAGUAUGUGUUUUGGGAUGAAUACCAUCCAUCCGACAAGGCUAAUGAGUUGAUUGCCAAUGAACUCAUUAAGAAAUUUGGGUUCUUGAGAGUAAAUCAAAGCGGAGCUCCAUCUCCAUCGCCUGCCCCGGAAUCCGAUCCGGAUCCGACCCCAGCUCCUGCAGUGGAUCCAUCUCCUUCUCCAUUGAUUGCUCCAUCCCCAAACUAAUUAACUUCCCAUUUCUUAUCUCUUAUUUGGAGAAUUUUGUGUUGAUUAAGAAGUCUAAUAAAUUCUAAUUAUGCCAUGUUAUGAUUUGUACUCUGCUUUGAGACUUCAAAUUAAUGUCUGAAUUAAGAGCCUACAUAUUGAAAAUCCCUAUGGUUUUG